GGAGUCGCCCCCUCCUCCUCUUCAGGAAGCAGGAACCGAAAGCAUUACUCCCGCCUCGGCCUCCUCCCCGCUCUGUCCGAGUGGCCCUGUUUUCCGCUGCUGGCCAUGCCGGCCAGGGGAAGGUAAUGAGCCGCAGAGUCCCGGGAUCUCGGCUGAGCAGCAGCAAGCAGUACCAGCGGAGCUGGAAUGACUGGCAACCCAGACCUGAAAGAGCUUCAGCCGACCAAGACCAUUUAAAAUACUCUACUUCCAGAGACCGGGGCAAUUCUGCCUCAUAUGGAUCACAUACUUCCAGUUCAGCUGGGCUUUCUCGACAAAAGCAUGAUGAUAUCAGGGUGUCUUCUGAUUUGCACAAUGAAGAGGAAGAUGGCUACAGUGUCAAUGGAGGAUCUGGAGAAAAUGCUUUUGGUCGGAAGUCGUUGGGGCAAGAGCUGAGGGUUAACAAUGUGAGCCCUGAUUUCACUGUCCAGCAUGGAAGCCGUGCUUUAGCAACAAAAGAUAUGAGGAAAUCCCAGGAUCGAUCGCUGUCCUAUUCUGAAGAGUCUCGGCUGUCGAAUCUUCUUCGGAGGAUUACCCGGGAAGACGACAGAGACCGAAGACUGGCUACCGUUAAGCAGCUGAAAGAAUUUAUUCAGCAACCAGAAAACAAAAUGGUGCUGGUUAAACAUCUUGACAAUAUCCUGACUGCUAUAAAUGAUGUGUUAAAUGAAAGUAGCAAACUGCUUCAAGAACUGCGGCAGGAGGGAGCACAGUGCCUUGGCUUGCUCUGUGCUGGUCUGAGCUAUGAGGCAGAGAAGAUCUUUAAGUGGAUUUUUAACAAAUUUAGCUCCUCUUCUAAAGAUGAAGUGAAGUUACUUCUACUUUGUGCCACUUACAAAGCUUUGGAAACUGUAGGAGAAAAGAAGGCAUUUUCAUCAGUAAUGCAGUUGGUUAUGACCAGUCUGCAGUCUAUAUUGGAAAACCUGGACACGCCAGAAUUGCUGUGCAAAUGUGUGAAAUGUAUCUUGCUUGACACAGUUGAUAUUUUGGUUGGAUGGCAUAUAGAUCACACACAAAAACCUUCUCUCACACAGCAAGUGUCUGGAUGGUUACAGAGUCUCGAACCAUUUUGGGUUGCAGACCUGGCAUUUUCCACAACUCUACUGGGACAGUUUUUGGAAGACAUGGAAGCCUAUGCUGAGGAUCUUGGCAAUGUAGCUUCUGGGGAAUCCGUGGAUGAAGACAUUCCUCCUCCAUCUGUUUCAUUGCCUAAACUUGCUGCUCUUCUCCGAGUGUUUAGUACUGUGGUACGAAGUAUUGGAGAGCGAUUUACUCCAAUUCGAGGACCUCCCAUUACUGAAGCAUAUGUCAUAGAUAUUCUGUAUCGGGUAAUGAGGUGUGUUACAGCAGCCAAUCAGGUAUUUUCUUCAGAGGCUGUACUGACAGCUGCCAAUGAAUGUGUGGGUGUGCUGCUCGGCAGUAUGGAUUCCAGUAUGGCAAUUCACUGUGAGAUGAUAAUUGCAUAUGGAUUAGACCAACUGGAGAAUUGCCAAACGUCCGGUACAGAUUACAUUAUCUCAGUCCUGCAUUUACUUACUCUGAUUGUUGAACAAAUUAAUACUAAACUUCCCUCGACUUUUGUGGAGAAACUUUUUGUACCAGAAUCAAAACUGCUUCUGCUACGGUACCAUAAGGAAAAGGAAGUAAUAGAUGCAGCACAUGCUCUGUACCAGGCAGUAUUGACGCUAAAGAACAUUCCAGUUUUGGAGACCGCAUACAAACUGAUUUUGGGAGAAAUGACUUGUGCUUUAAACAGCCUCCUGACCUGCCUUCAGCUACCCGAAACUUGUGCUGAUAUUCAGCACGAGGCUUACAAGAGCCAUACAUUUAAUGUGGACAAUGCAAAAUUUGUGGUCGUCUUUGAUCUAAGCGUUUUGACAACAAUUGGAAAUGCGAAGAACUCACUAAUUGGGAUGUGGGCUCUCUCUCCUACAGUGUUUGCUUUACUGAGUAAGAAUUUAAUGGUCGUGCAUGAGGACAUAGCUGUCCACUAUCCAUCAGUGCAGUAUGCAGUGCUUUACACCUUGUAUUCACACUGUACCAGGCAUGAUCACUUCAUCUCCAGUAGUCUCAGUUCCUCAUCUCCCUCAUUAUUUGAUGGAGCAGUGAUCAGCACGGUGACCACUGCCACAAAGAAGCAUUUCUCUGUCAUCCUGAAUCUCCUGGGAAUGUUGCUCAAAAGAGACAACCUUAACCAAGAUGCCAGGAAGUUGCUGAUGGUGUGGGCUCUGGAAGUUGCCAUGCUUAUGAAGAAAUCUGACACAUACACUCCCUUAUUCUCACUGCCAUCUUUCCACAAGUUCUGCAAAGGACUACUGGAAAAUACUCUUUUUGAAGAUGUGAACAUUAGCCUGCAAGCUUGCAACAGCCUUCAUAUUCUGUCAUCCUCGUUACCAGAAGAACUACUUCACAGGUGCAUUGAUGUUUGCCGUGUACAGCUUGUGUCCAGUGGAAUUCGGCUCAGACAGGCUUUUGGGAAACUCUUGAAGUCUAUUCCAUUAGAUAUUGUUUUAAGUAACACUAGUCACACAGAAAUGCAGGAAAUUUCGACUGCAAUAAGAAACCACAUGAGCAAGUCUCCCAGCAACACAUUCCACCCCCAAGAUUUUUCUGAUGUCAUCAGCUUUAUUCUGUAUGGAAGCACUCAUAGAUCAGGAAAGGAGAAUUGGCUGGAGAAGCUAUUUCACAGCUGCCAGAGGCUUGAUAAACGUGAUGCGUUACUCAUUCCCCGAAACCUGCUUAAGACAGAGGCGGUCUUGUGGCAGUGGGCAGUGUGGGAGGCUGCUCAGUUUACUGUUCUAUCUAAAUUACGGACUCCCUUAGGAAGAGCACAAGAUACGUUCCAGACUAUUGAAGGUAUUAUUCGAAGCCUUGCAGCCCACACUCUGAAUCCAGACCAAGAUGUCAGUCAGUGGACAACUGCAGAAAAUGAUGAAGGACAUGCCAACAAUCAGUUACGUUUAGUGCUGCUUCUACAGUACCUGGAGAACCUCGACAAACUGAUGUACAAUGCCUAUGAAGGAUGUGCCAAUGCAUUAACCUCACCUCCCAAGGUUAUCAGGACCUUCUUUUAUACAAAUCGACAAACAUGCCAAGAUUGGCUCACUCGAAUUCGAAUUGCCAUUAUGCGGGUGGGUUUGUUGGCUGGGCAGCCAGCUGUUACAGUUAGACAUGGCUUUGACCUACUUGCCGAAAUGAAGAACAGCGGUGCACCUCAGUUUAAUUGCUAUUUUUUUGAACUUGAGUUGACAGUAAUGAUGGUAGUGGAAGCUCUAUGUGAACUUCAGUGUCCAGAAGCUAUACAGGGACUCGCAGUGUGGUCAUCUGCUGUUGCUGGCAAAACACUUUCAUGGAUAAAUUCUGUAGCUCUGCAAGCUGAUGGAAGGUUUGAGAAAGCUGCAAUAGAAUACCAAGAACACUUGUGUGCCAUGACUGGGGUGGAUUGCAGUACCUCUGGCUUUGACAAGAUUGUUUUAAAAUUGGCUAAUUCUAGUAGCACCUCUUCCAGCCCCAAACAUGCAAAUGGAGAUGUCCGUAAGACUGUUCUGACAAAGCCCAGUGACCCUGUGCCUGAAGUGAUCAACUACUUGAGCAACAAGGCUUGUGAGUGCUAUAUUUCAAUUGCUGAUUGGGCUGCAGUCCAAGAGUGGCAAAAUAGCAUUCAUGACCUGAAGAAAAGUGCAGUGGGCAGCACUGUUAACCUGAAGACUGACUUCAACUAUAUAAAGGUUUUAAGCAGUUUUGAAUUUGGUGAAUUCCAUGAAUGUAUGGAGCAGCUGGAAUUGCUUCCUGGAGAAAAUUUAAACCUGAUAAAUGGUGGCUCAAAGGAAAAGAUAGACAUGAAGAAGUUGCUCCCUAAUAUGCUCAGUCCAGACCCUAGAGAACUUCAAAAAUGUAUAGAGGUUCAGCUGCUAAGAAGUUCUGUGUCCCUCAGCCUAACUUUAAAUGACGAAGACCAAGAGCAAAAGUGGCAGGCUGUCUCGGAAAGCCUCAGCAAACACUUGAAGCAAAUGGCACGGAUAGCUAUGGGACCUCUGAGGCUGUCGACACUUACCCUAUCACAAUCUUUGCCUGUACUGGGAACAUUACAACUAUACUGCUCAUCAUCUCUCGAGAGCACAGUGUCCAGCAAGCUUACAUCUGAGGACUGUCUGAUCCCUCUGUUCAGUGAAGCUUUGCGUUCAUGUAAACAGCAUGAUGUCAGACCAUGGAUAAAUGCUUUAAGAUACACGGCUUUCCAAAACCAACUUGUAGAAAAAUUCAAAGAACCAACAGUGCCCAUAAAAAGUCAUCUGAUGGAAUUGGGAUUAACAGCUGCUAAAUGCGCCAGAAAACAUGGAAAUGUCACUCUCGCUGCUCGAUUGCUUGCCCAGUGCAGUGAAAUCCAUUUAGGACAAGUGAGCAAUGCUCAGGAUUUAGUCACUCAUUUCAAGCAGCUAUCACUCCAUGGGCAGAUGGAUGAGAAGUGGGGACCAGAACUUGAUAUUGAAAAAGCCAAGCUACUGUAUGCUGCAGGUCAGUCUGCACAUGCCAUGGAAAUGCUAUCAUCUUGUGCUAUCACCUUCUGCAAGUCUGCAAAAGCAGAGUAUUCUGUGGCCAAAUCUAUCCUCACACUGGCAAAAUGGGUCCAAGCAGAUUGGAAGGAAAUAUCAGGCCAGAUGAAACAAGUAUACAGGGUGCGCCAACAAUCAAACCUCUCCAACCUUUCUGCAUUGGGAAAAAAUGUACACACAUUAAUUGAUCUGCCUCCUGUAAACGCUACAGAUGAGGAGCAUCUCCGUAUUGAAAGUGAAUCUACAGUAAACAUUGGAGUAGGUGAGCCUGACUUCAUUCUGGGCCAGCUUUACCACUUAUCAUCUGUGCAGGCACCUGAAGUGGCCAAAUCUUGGGCUGCACUGGCUAGCUGGGCUUAUAGAUGGGGAAGAAAGGUGGUAGAUAACGCUAGUCAAGGUGAAGGUGUAAAAUUAUUACAGUGUGAGAAAUCAGAAAUGCAAAGCCUACUGCCAGAUAAUGUGUCUGAUGAGGACAAGGAGAAAAUAUAUGGAAUCUUGGGCCAGGCAAUGUGUCGGCCAGCUGGAAUACAGGAUGAAGACCUGUCACUUCAGAUUACAGAGAGUGAGGGGAACAAUGAAAACGAUACUGUAGAUGUCAUUUGGAGGCAGCUAUUGACCAGCUGCCCUUGGUUGGCAGAACUGGAUGAAGCAGCCUCCGAGGGUCUCAUCAAACUUUGGCGGAAAGUUGUGGACCGGAUUUUCAGUCUGUAUAAAUUAUCCUGCAGUGCAUAUUUCACAUUCUUAAAGCUAAAUGCUGGAAGGGUUUCUAUGGAUGAAGAUGACCCUCGCCUGCAGUUAAAUACUUCUUCCAAGCAAAGCACAGACGAUGCAAUAGUCAUGGCAACUCUGCGACUUUUAAGACUGCUAGUUAAACAUGCUGGAGAACUUAGACAGUACUUGGAGCAGGGGCUGGAGACUACACCCACUGGUCCCUGGAGAGGUAUUAUACCUCAGCUUUUUUCACGUCUCAACCAUCCUGAGGUAUAUGUUCGUCAAAGUAUUUGCAGUCUACUGUGUCGAGUAGCACAUGACUCUCCGCACCUCAUCCUCUACCCAGCAAUUGUGGGAAGUAUCUCGCUGAGUAAUGAAUCCCAGUCUUCAGGAACCAAGUUGUCAUCAGCCAUUCCCACUUUACUGGCUAACAUCCAGGAUGAUGAGCUUAUGGGUGGGGAAUGUGGUGAUGGAAGUCCACCAGCUUCACAAGAAAGUAAUAGAGAGGAAUUAAAAAAUAUUCUGAAUGAAGACCAAGCAAUGAUGCAAGAUUGUUACAGUAAAAUUGUUGACAAGCUGUCGUGUGCCAACCCUACCAUGGUUCUGCAGGUUCAGAUGUUGGUAGCGGAACUAAGAAGAGUUACUGUGCUUUGGGAUGAGCUCUGGCUGGGUGUCUUGCUACAGCAACACAUGUAUGUUCUACGACGCAUUCAGCAGCUCGAGGAUGAAGUCAAAAGGGUGCAGAACAACAAUACUCUGAGAAAGGAGGAGAAGAUUGCCAUCAUGCGUGAAAAGCACACCGCACUCAUGAAACCUAUUGUAUUUGCCCUUGAGCACGUUUGUAGUAUUACUUCAACACCUGCUGAAACACCUCAUGAAAAGUGGUUCCAGGACACCUAUGGGGAGGCCAUUGAAAAUGCUCUAGAAAAGCUUCGAAAUCCAUCCAAUCCGGCUAAUCCUGGAAACAGCUGGCUGCCCUUUAAGCAGGUUAUGCUAAGCUUGCAGCAAAGAGCACAGAAACGUGCAAGCUACUUGUUAAGCCUUGAAGAAAUUAGCCCCUGCUUGGCUUCUAUGACCAGCACUGAGAUAGCCUUACCAGGGGAAGUGUCAGACAGAGACACCAUCACAAUUCACAGUGUGGGCAGCACGAUCACCAUCUUACCUACAAAAACUAAACCAAAGAAGUUCAUCUUUCUGGGAUCUGAUGGCAAAAACUACCCAUAUCUUUUUAAAGGUUUGGAAGACUUGCAUCUUGAUGAGCGCAUAAUGCAGUUCCUCUCUAUUGUAAAUACUAUGUUUGCAACGAUUAAUGGUCAAGAGUCUCCCCAUUUUCGUGCAAGACACUAUUCAGUCACACCCCUUGGCACACGAUCUGGACUGAUUCAGUGGGUGGAUGGAGCUACUCCUCUCUUCGGCCUUUAUAAACGAUGGCAACAAAGGGAAGCUACUUUGCAAGCACAAAAGGCCCAAGAUUCUUAUCAAACUCCUCAAAAUCCUGCAAUGGUUCCCCGACCAAGUGAACUCUACUACAGUAAAAUAGGUCCAGCCCUCAAAGCGGUUGGACUGAGCCUAGAUGUGUCUCGUCGAGACUGGCCUAUUAAUGUGAUGAAGUCUGUAUUAGAGGAAUUAAUGGAAUCUACUCCUCCAAACCUGCUGGCUAAAGAGUUGUGGUGCUCAUGUGCCACAGCUGAUGAGUGGUGGAGAGUUACGCAGUCCUACGCCAGAUCAACAGCUGUAAUGUCAAUGGUUGGCUAUAUCAUAGGUCUUGGUGAUAGGCAUUUGGAUAAUGUUCUGAUUGACAUGACAAGUGGGGAAGUAGUUCACAUUGACUACAAUGUUUGCUUUGAAAAAGGGAAAAGUCUACGCGUUCCUGAAAAGGUUCCCUUCCGAAUGACCCAAAACAUUGAAAGUGCACUGGGCGUGACGGGGGUGGAGGGAGUUUUCCGUCUGUCUUGUGAGCAGGUCCUCCAUAUCAUGAGAAGAGGAAGAGAGACUUUGCUGACAUUGCUUGAGGCUUUUGUUUAUGAUCCUCUUGUGGACUGGACCGCAGGGGGAGAGGCAGGAUUUGCAGGUGCAGUCUAUGGUGGAGGAGGACAACAGGCUGAAAAUAAGCAAAGCAAACGGGAGAUGGAAAGAGAGAUCACACAAAGCCUCUUUUCCUCCAGAGUGGCUGAAAUAAAGGUGAAUUGGUUUAAGAAUCGGGAUGAGAUGCUAAGUGUCCUGCCCAAACUAGACAGUAGCUUGGAUGAAUAUGUAAACUUGCAUGAAGAGUUGACAGAGGUGGAAAAGCUGCAAACGCGACUUGUGGAGGAGAUGGCCUUCCUGGAAGGAGCUGAAGCCCCAGAUCAUCUUGCUCAUACACUGCAGCACAGGUAUUCUGAACACACCCAGCUUCAGACACAGCAGAGGGCCGUCCAGGAAGCUAUCCAGGUGAAACUGAAUGAAUUUGAGCAGUGGAUCACACAAUAUCAAACUGCCUUCAGCAAUCUGGAGGCCACUAAACUGGCAGGACUGCUUCAAGAAAUAAGCAGCCAGAUGGAUUUAGGUCCUCCCAGCUAUGUACCUGCCACUGCUUUCCUACAGAAUGCUGGCCAGGCCCAUCUCAUCACACAAUGUGAGCAAUACGAAGCAGAGAUGGGAACUUUGCUUCAACAGAGACGCUCUGUGCUUCGGGGCUGCUUGGAGAAUCUUCACAACUAUGCAACUGUAGCUCUUUUGUACCCCAAAUCAGUGUUCCAAAAACACAGAAUGGAGCAGUGGAAGACGUGGAUGGAGGAACUUAUCUGCAGCAUGACCAUGGAGCACUGUCAGGAAAUAUAUACUAAGUAUGAAAUUCAGUAUGCCCCUCAACCUCCGCAAGCUGUCUGUCAGUUCCUUUCUGCCACUGAAUUGGCUCUGCAGCGCUUUUAUGCUGAUACAAAUAACAGGCUUUUGAGGCAAGUAGAACGGCUGAAGCAGGAGGUGGCAACUGUUCCAGUUUGUGAAGAGCAGCUGAAAGAAAUUGAGCGCUGUAUUAAAGUUUUCCUGCACGAAAAUGGUGAGGAGGGUUCGCUGAGUCUGGCUAGUGUGGUCGUUUCUGCCCUUUGCACUCUUACAAGACGUAACCUAAUGAUGGAAGGAGCUGCUUCCAGUGCUGGAGAACAGCUGGUGGAUCUUACAUCUCGGGAUGGAGCUUGGUUCUUGGAAGAGCUCUGCAGUAUGAGUGGCAAUGUCACAUGUCUUGUUCAGUUAUUAAAACAAUGCAAGUUUAUCCCUCAAGACCUGGAUAUACCCAAUCCACUGGAGGCUUCUGAAGCUGUACAUCUGGCUAAUGCAGUGUACAUUUCUUUGCAGGAAUUGAACUCAAACUUUCGUCAGAUUAUUUUCCCUGAAGCUCUCAGAUGCUUGAUGAAAGGAGAGCAGACGUUGGAGAACAUGCUUCAAGAGUUGGAUAGUCUUAUAGAGCAGACCACUGAUGGGACUUCAUUACAGAACAUUGUUGAGUCACUGCAGACUUACCUAAGAAAUGCAGCUAUGGGCCUAGAAGAUGAGGCUAAUGCUCACUACAUUGAUGUUGCAAGGUUACUUCAUUCUCAAUAUGGUGAGUUAAUUCAGCCACGGAAUGGCUCUGUGGAAGAAACUCCAAAAAUGUCUGCUGGUCAGAUGCUGUUGGUUGCUUUUGAUGGGAUGUUUGCUCAAGUUGAAACUGCAUUUGGUUUACUCCUGGAAAAGUUAAAGAAGAUGGAAAUUCCACAUGCCUGGAGAAAGGUUGAUAUAAUUCGUGAAGCACGAAGUACACAGGUGAACUUUUUUGAAGAUGAUGAACUUCGGCGUGUUUUGGAUGAAAUAUUUUUCUUGAAAAGAUUGCAAACUAUCAGAGAAUUUUUCAGACUUUGUGGCAUAUUUUCUCAAACCUUAUCUGGUAAAUGCCCAAUUGAUGAACAAAUCCCAGUUAAUGGACCUGUACAGCUGGUCAAUGUAAAAACAAUGUACAGAAACUCUUGCUUUAGUGAAGACCAGAUGGCCAAACCAAUCAAAUCUUUUACAGCUGACUUUGUGAGGCAACUCUUAAUUGGCUUGCCUACACAGGCUCUGGGACUGACUUUGUGCAGCUACAUCAGUGCUUUGGGAGUGGAUAUUAUUGCCCAAGUGGAAGCCAAAGACUUUGGGGCAGAAAGUAAAGUUUCUGUUGAUGAUCUCUGUAAAAAGGCUGUGGAGCACAACAUUCAGAUCUCUAGAUUCUCUCAGCUAGUGAUGAACAGAGCUACUGUCCUUGCAAGUUCCUAUGACACUGCCUGGAAGAAGCAAGACUUGGUGCGCCGUCUAGAAACAAACAUUGCUUGCUGUAAAACCAGCAUGCAGCGCGUGCAGCUUCACAUUGCAAUGUUUCAGUGGCAGCAUGAAGACUUCCUGAUUAGCCGCCCGCAAGCAACAUCUGUUACUCCUCCUCCUCCUCGCUCUGCCAUAUUAACCAGCAUGAAGAAGAAGCUUCAUACUCUUGGACAGAUUGACUCUUCUAUUGCAGCAGUCCAGGAAAAACUUGCGGCUUUAGAAGCCAGCAUCGAGCAGCGCUUAAAAUGGGCAGGAGGAGCAAAUCCAGCGUUGGCACCAGUUCUCCAAGACUUUGAGGCUACUAUUACAGAGAGAAGGAAUUUUGUACUAAAAGAAAACCAAAGAACAAACCAGGUCACCUUCCUUUGUAGCACCAUCAUUCACUUUGAAAGUUUACGCACACGGACUACAGAGACUCUAAGCAUGGACACUGGUCUGUUUGAGCUCAUUAAACGUUGUCAACAGAUGUGCUCAUUUGCCUCCCAGUUCAAUAGUUCAGUAUCUGAGUUGGAGCUACAGCUUUUGAAAAGAGUGGGACCUUCAAGUGAAAGCACCAUUGGAAGUCCUGAGUGGCUGGUUUCUGCCCACAAGCAAUUGAGUCAUGAUAUGUCGAAUCAGAGGAAUCUGCAGAGUGAGAAGGAGCAGCAGACUGAGGCUGUGUGCGAAACUAUUCAGAACCUGGUGGACUCCAUUAAGAGUGUGCUGACAGGUCACAACAGACAGCUGGGAGAUGUCAAGCACUUGCUGAAAGCAAUGGCAAAGGAUGAAGAGGCAGCCAUGGCAGAUGGAGAAGAUGUUCCCUACGAGAAUAGUGUUAGGCAAUUUUUGGGCGAAUACAAGUCAUGGCAGGAUAACAUCCAGACAGUUCUAUUUACUCUGGUUCAGGCUUUGGGCCAAGUACGCAGCCAAGAACAUAUAGAUAUGCUGCAAGAAAUAACACCAACCCUGAAAGAGAUGAAAACCCAGAGCCAGAGUAUCUAUAACAAUCUGGUGGGUUUUGCAUCACCUCUGGUAACUGAUGCAACAAACGAGUGUGCUAGUCCAACGACAUCUUCAACAUACCUUCCCAGUUUUGCCGCAGCUGUGCGUAGUAACACUGUCCCGAAGACUCAGCCAGAGGGCAUGUCACAAAAUGCAAAAAAGCCAGUCCAGAAAAACUUGGCACCAUCAGCAGAUACUCCACCAAGCACUGUUCCGGGGCCUGGCAAGAGUGUUUCUAGUCCGAAAAAGGCAGUGCGGGAUCCAAAAACUGGCAAAGCUGUGCAAGAGCGCAAUUCUUAUGCAGUCAGCGUUUGGAAACGAGUGAAAGCCAAGCUAGAGGGAAGAGAUGUGGAUCCCAACAGAAGGAUGUCUGUUGCUGAACAGGUGGACUUUGUGAUUAAAGAGGCAACAAAUCUAGAUAACCUGGCUCAGCUGUAUGAAGGUUGGACAGCUUGGGUGUGAACAAGAAGACGGCAGACCAGCCUGGUUCAGCACAGUCAGCAAUCCACCAGAAUCAGUCCAGUCUCAGGCAUCCACAGCCUCGCCAAGGCUGGUGGUGAUGUAUACUGGGGCUUAAUAUGCGGUAACCUAGGAAAUCCUGGUGCAGUGGGAACGGGAAUCCCAUAGGAACGUUGCACCCUGAGCAACGUUAAACACCAGUGGUCAGCAACCCCAAGGGCACAGAGUACAAUGCUCACCGUCUGGGUAAAGUGAUUGCCUUUCUGCUAUGGAAGAUCUGACAGUACAUCUUGAGAAAUUGCUGCAGAAAGAAAUCGGUAUACUCCAGACCCCGCAUGGUGAUCUAGAACUCUCUUCCAUGUGACCCUGUCAACAAUUGAAGAAAUGCUAAACCCUGUUCGUCAAGGGGGGGAACACUGGGGCCAUCAAGGAUUUGCAGUGAAGAGGAUGCUGUCAGUUUCUUGGGUUACUCUUGUUGCUUGGCAACGCUGCUGGUUGAGUUAGCCAGCUUAGCACAGAAGAGGCUAGGAGAUGAAGCAUGGCCUCUGAAAACUAGCUGAAAACAGCCAAAGAACGGAAUUGUGAAGUUAGGUGGACUUCUGAAAAGAAGACAAAAAACCUUGUUUUCCAUUCUUUUCUUCCCCUCAGUUCUUGUAGUUAAA